AUGAAAAAAGAUUCGAACGGAGAAAGUGGAUUAGGAAACAUCAGCGACUUCAGUUUUGCGAAUUCAACAGAUUCCGAGUGCGACAAGACAGAAGAUGACUUUUCAGAUUUUGAAGAAGAGUUUUAUCUUCAUGGAUACAAGGCUGGAAAUAAUGAAAAGGGAACAUCACUGAAAAUUAUAACAGAAAAAAUCCAGAAAGAAACAUCAAGGAGGAAAAACAAAACCCCACCACUACGAAAAAAGUCACUCGACGAAAUUUUAAGAGAAUUGAAGAGUUGA